UUUUCUUUAGGUAUGUUAUAUAUAAAAGUGGAUUAAUUCCAUGUGAAAUGAAAAUGGCCAAUUCUUUACGAGGAGAAGUACUGGCUCUUUAUAAAAAUCUGCUGUAUCUUGGACGGGACUAUCCAAAAGGAGCAGACUAUUUUAAACGGCGUUUGAAGAAUGUUUUCCUUAAAAACAAGGAUGUGAAGGACCCAGAGAAGAUCAAAGAGCUUAUUGCACGGGGAGAAUUUGUGAUGAAGGAGCUAGAGGCCUUAUACUUCCUCAGGAAAUACAGAGCCAUGAAACAACGUUAUUAUUCGGAUACCAACAAUUAACCAGUCUUUGCCACCAGUGCCUGGCUGACAAGCAAUAUACCAGCUAUUAUAAAAUAAUCCAAUUUACAAUGGCUAGAUAAAUGUUUAAAAAACCAGAGUUGCCAUACUGUACUAAAAUGCAUUUCCACCUCAUUGAUACUGUGAGCUUUACUCAUAAUCCAUUAUGCUCAAAUUUUAUUAAUAUAGUAACUUUAGCAAAUUUCAUGAGAAUACAAUUUUGGAAGAAAACACACCUAAUUUUCUAAUAUGCUAUGGGCAAUUAUUCUUAGUCUAUUUUUCCAUUUACUGGUGAGACUAAUUAGCAAAUGGUGUCUGACAGGGUUACCCUUUAGCUUGUGAGCCUUGUUUCCCCUUCAUCCGGUGUACACAAGUGCAUACUCAAGGCUCUCUACAAAUACCUCCUCAAAAUGAUUUGAAUGCCAUUAUCAAAAUAAGCCCUACGAACGUGACUUUGACUGUCAUUAUGUAGCCAUCAUUUCCAUUAUUCUUUGUGCUGCCAGCUCCCUUAAUUUCUAAAUCAGUUGUCCUGCUUGGACUAGCUUUCAUGAGGGGUGGUGAUGCUGUUUCCAUCAUUAAAGCAGGUAUACUUUGUCUAGCCGUGACAACUAAUGUGGAAUGAACCUAGCAGUCAGAACUGCAAGUUAAUGCAAAAACUUAAAACAUUUAUGUAAUAUUCUUAGCAACUUUAUAAAUAAAGAACUUUCCAACUUA